AUGGCUCCAUCCGCUGUCCCCGCCGAAUCAAUAGUCGUCCCACAGAUGAAGCAGCUGGUCUCAAAAGGUGAAGAGAAGCCCGCCCAGGGACUCAGCCCGCUUCAGGCCAUAUCGCAAGGAGUCUGCCUCCCCGGCAUCCCCAUCUUCUCUUCCAUGGACAGGCAUCGAGCGUGGAUUCUAGAACACAUGGCAGGCGCCUUCCGUGUCUUUGCUCGCAAAGGCUUCACAGAAGGCAUGUCCGGCCACAUUUCCGUACGUGAUCCAGAGAAUUGCCACACCUUCUGGACGAAUCCUCUCGGCAAACAUUUCGCAACACUGAAAGCAUCUGAUAUGAUACUUGUCGACUACGAUGGUAAGGUAGUAGGAGGCAACACUUCUCGACCGGCCAACGCAGCUGGGUUUUUGAUCCACUCCGCUGUGCACAAAGCCAGGCCUGAUGUACAUGCGGCAUGUCAUUGUCAUGGGAAGGCGGGGAAGGCGUGGAGUGCAUUUGGCAGGAAGCUUGAGAUGAUCAAUCAGGAUAUCUGCUAUAUGUAUGGCGAAGCCCAGGCUGUUUAUGAGGAAUUCGGUGGCGUUGUACUGGACGAGGCCGAAGGUAAGCGUCUUGCAGCUGCGUUAGGCCCAAAUGGGAAAGGUAUGAUCUUGAGAAAUCACGGGCUUUUAACCGUAGGAGGCACAGUUGACGAGGCUGCGUAUCUCUACACUCUCAUGGAGCGCUCCUGUGAGGUCCAGCUGAUGGUCGAAGCUGCCGCUGCCAAUGGCAUUCCAAAGAUAUUCGUUGAUGACGAAGCGGCGGCAUAUACCUUCAAAAUGGCUAGUGACCCUGAGAGCCUCUACUGGGAGUUCCAACCUGACUUAGAGUAUGAGCGGGAAAUUUGCGACGGUAUUUUCGCAAACUAG